AUGGGAUGCGCGGCAGCGAAGUCGCGAGUAGCCGCUCCAUUCAGCAAAGAUGACAAGUCUCAGCGAGGCGGCGUCAAGCUAUUGGAGUUCAAGGUCAAGGGCAGCAAGCCAGGAAGGCAGUUUUCUGCAGAGAUCUCCGUGCGUGGUGGCGGCAUGUCUGUGGGCACUCGAUUUGCGAAAGAAGUGCGCCUGCCCACUGACUGGAAGCAUUAUUCAGUGUAUGCUGCACAGGUGGUCUUUGAGUAUCACAACGACCAGGGCACUGACUUCAACAUCCACCUUGACCCUGCAAUGGGCGUGCGUCUCCUAGGUGAGGAUGUCCUUCCAAAUGCAGCCAUGCCUGGUUGUUGUUGGGUUUCUCAACACAGAUUGAAGAUGCUUCGGGAGCAGGGGGUCAUGUGCUCGAACGGAAAAUACACGAUGCGUACUCCAUUGCGGCUGGAGAAUGGCAGCCAGCGGCGGCUACUGGAAUUUAGGGUCAAAGGUUCCUUGCCUGGCAGACAAUUCUCUGCGUACUUGAUGCUGCAGGAUGAGAUGGGCCGGAAAGUUGGCGAUCUCACACUGUUGCGCCAAGUUGCCUUACCCCUGGAUAUGGAAACUUACUCCUUCGAUGUGGAGCAGGUUGCCUUUACGUACCAUAACGAUCAGGGUCGAGACUGUAACGUACACCUCGAUCCUACAAUGGGAGUGCGUCUCUUAGGUGAGAAUGUCCUUCCAAGUGCAGUCCUUCUUGGGAAUGGUUGGGCUCCAGACAACCCCAGAUGGAAGUGGCUUCGGGAGGGCGGCAGCAUGCUCUGGCAGGGAAAGUAUGAGAUGAGAAUUGUUUCGGAUGCUCUGCAGCGAGGCGGCAUCAAGCUACUGGAGUUCAGGGUCAAGGGCAGCAAGCCAGGAAGGCAGUUUUCUGCAGAGAUCUCCGUGCUUGGCGGCGGCGUGUCUUUGGCCACUCGAUUUGCGAAAGAAGUGCAUUUGCCGACGGACUGGAAGCAUUAUUCAGUGUAUGCUGCACAAGUGGUCUUUGAGUAUCACAACGACCAGGGUACUGACUUCAACAUCCACAUUGACCCCGCAAUGGGCGUGCGUCUCCUAGGUGAGGAUGUCCUUCCAAGUGCAGUUCUUCUUGGGCGUGGCUGGGCUCCAGAUGACGACAAUUGGAAGCUGCUUCGGGAGCAGGGGAACCUUAACUGGCAGGGGAAGUACGCAAUGAAUACCCCAGUUCCACGGGAGAACGGCAGCCAGCGGCGGCUGCUGGAAUUCAGGGUCAAAGGUUCCUUGCCUGGCAGACGAUUCUCCGCCUACUUGAUGCUGCAGGAUGAGAUGGGCCGGAAAGUUGGCGAUCUCACGCUGUUGCACCACGUUGCCUUACCCCUGGAUAUGGAGACUUACUCCUUCGAUGUGGAGCAGGUUGCCUUUACGUACCAUAACGAUCAGGGUCGAGACUGUAACGUACACCUCGAUCCUGCAAUGGGAGUGCGUCUCUCAGGUGAGAAUGUCCUUCCAAGCGCAGUCCUUCUUGGGAAUGGUUGGGCUCCAGACAACCCCAGAUGGAAGUGGCUUCGAGAGGGCGGCAGCAUGCUCUGGCAGGGAAAAUACGAGAUGCGCCCAGCCUCCUCCGAUGAUGUCCUGAACCUGCCGGUAGAAAUGCCUGCGUACUGGCACAUGAACGAGGAGAGCAUGGAGUCUAAACGAGUGCCCGAGACUCCCGAAGUCUGCCAAGCGAUCCAGUCUUUGUUGGACACUACCUGGAAGGCGAUUGCCACGAGGGACCGAGAGAAGGACGAGGAGCUGGGAGAAGGUGGUGUGCAGCGAUUCCAAGUGGUUCAGGUGCUGCGGAAUGAAAACCCAAGUCUUUGGGUUCCUUAUUGGCGACAGCGCGAGCGAAUUCGCCGCCAGUGUGGAGACAGAUCCUUGCCGCCUGAAACGGUGAAAACAAGCUUGUGUGAGGAGUUCUGCCAGACGAGUGGGCACGGGUCGCUGUGCAACGCCGCUCGUGAGUUCUACCUGUUCCAUGGCACCAAGCCGUCUGCAGCCAAUGCCAUCUGCAGCUCGGACUUCAGAGUGGAUUUGGCAGGUUCGCACAAGGGCACUCUUUAUGGCAAGGGCAUCUACUUUGCCGAAGCCUCAAGCAAGUCUGAUGAGUAUGCCUCGGAUGACCAGGAUGGCCUUUAUUGCAUGCUGUUGUGCAAGGUCAGCUGUGGUGAUUGGAUCUACACCGAUGAAGUCAAGCCAGAUGUCGAAGCUCUUCUGCAGUCGAUUCAAAACGGCCCACACCAUUCCAUCCUUGGAGAUCGUGAGAAGUCUCGCGGAACGUACAGGGAGUUCGUAGUUUUCAACAACGAUCAAGUCUACCCUGAGUACAUCGUAGUGUACAAACGGCAUGCGGUCCCAGAAAUCUCCUCAUUUUAA